AUGGUAGAAACUUCGUUGGGUGUCACACCACCAGAAAUUAAGAUAAUCACUGCUACCGUGACAACUGUGAGCAAGACUCGGACUAGCACGACGGCGAGCAGCGGAACUACGACCAGCAAUUCCAUGUCGACCAGCACCACGGCCGCGACCGCGACUGAUACCUCGACAACUGAUGGUAGUGUCGCUGAGAGCACGAGUGGUACCCUGACGACGACCCGUACUGCUGCUGCGACCGCGACGGCGACUAUUGUUUCGACUGUCACUACUGCGCCCGCGCUUGACGAGAACGGUCUGGAGUCGAGCUUUGCAAAAAUGCGGCAGGUUUGGCUGUUGGCGUUAGCCACAUCAGGAUUGUUGGGUGCGCGUGUAGGCGAACGGCUCUGA